UUACUUUUGCCUCCCCUCCGCUCGGACCCGGAGCCCGGGAAGCGCCCAUGUGAAACAACUAGAGACCAUUUGAGUGUGAAAUUGUAUGGGACAGACUAUAAGCACAAGAGGAGAGAGUAGAGAAAGGAAGAUCAUUGUGGUUUGGAAGAGCUGAAGAAGGCCACAGAAGAGGUGCGAUGGAAGUAUGUGGGAUUCUGGAAGAACUGCAAGAUAAACAUCCAUUCUUCAAGCGUAUUCUGCAUAACCGAAAUUCUGGCUAACAGGGUAAGCCAAUCCAGUCACCAUGAGUUGGAGCUUCCUGACUCGACUAUUAGAGGAGAUCCACAACCAUUCCACAUUCGUGGGAAAGAUUUGGCUCACCAUAUUGAUAGUCUUCCGGAUCGUACUCACUGCUGUGGGUGGGGAGUCCAUCUACUAUGACGAGCAAAGCAAGUUUGUAUGCAACACAGAGCAGCCGGGCUGUGAGAACGUCUGCUACGAUGCUUUUGCCCCUCUGUCCCACGUCCGCUUUUGGGUAUUCCAGAUCAUCCUUGUGGCUACCCCCUCGGUGAUGUAUCUGGGCUAUGCCAUUCACAAGAUUGCCAAGAUGGAGCACGGAGAGGCAGACAAGAAGGCAGUGCGGAGCAAGCCCUAUGCAAUGCGCUGGAAGCAGCACCGGGGCCUGGAAGAAACCGAGGAGGACCAUGAGGAAGACCCCAUGAUGUACCCAGAGAUGGAAUUAGAAAGUGAAAAGGAGAACAAGGAGCAGAGUCAGCCUAAACCCAAGCAUGAUGGCCGGCGGCGGAUUCGGGAAGAUGGGCUCAUGAAGAUCUAUGUGCUGCAGCUGCUAGCAAGGACCUUGUUUGAGGUGGGUUUCCUGGUGGGGCAGUAUCUUCUGUAUGGCUUCCAGGUCCGCCCAUUUUAUGUGUGCAGCAGAGUCCCCUGCCCUCAUAAAAUAGACUGCUUCAUUUCUAGGCCCACUGAAAAGACCAUCUUCCUGCUGAUAAUGUAUGGUGUGACAGGCCUCUGUCUGAUCCUUAACAUUUGGGAAAUGCUCCACUUGGGGUUUGGGACUAUACGUGACUCACUAAAUAGCAAAAGGAGAGAACUGGAAGAUUCAGGUGCUUAUAAUUAUCCUUUCACUUGGAAUACUCCAUCUGCUCCACCUGGCUAUAACAUUGUGGUCAAACCCGAUCAAAUCCAGUACACCGAACUGUCCAACGCUAAGAUUGCCUACAAGCAGAACAAGGCCAACAUCGCUCAGGAGCAGCAGUAUGGGAGCAACGAGGAGAACCUCCCCGCGGACCUGGAGAUGCUGCAGCGAGAAAUCAAAGUGGCCCAGGAGCGCUUGGAUCUCGCCAUCCAGGCCUACAACCACCAGAACAACCGCCAUGGCCCCCGGGAAAAAAAGUCCAAAGCUGGCUCCAAAGCCGGCUCCAACAAAAGCAGUGCCAGUAGCAAAUCCGGGGAUGGGAAGAACUCUGUCUGGAUUUAAUCUUGGCCAGGCUAUAACUGGUGCUUCUCCUCGUUUAGGGUAAGCAGCAAGCGGCUCACUGAAUAAUGACUUCCAUUGAGUAAACAUUUGGCUCUGGUUAUCUUCAGGGAGGUUUCAUGUUGGCCGAUGA